CCUCCUUCACUGUCCUGUCCCGCAAGAACCCUGGAACUUCCCUCUGCCGUGUCUCCAUUUUCAUCCUCAAUCCCAACCUUUUUCUUCAUUUUCCCUUUAUAAUGCCCGCCUCGCCUUCUUUUUCCCUUCCAUCUCUCAACCCUUAGAACCCCAACUACAAAUUUCACAAACCCUAGAACUAAUCAUCUCAUCUCAUCUAAUCUAUUUACCACCUCAAAUUUCGAGAUAUUUUUUCAACCGCUUAUUUCAGGUUGCUGAGGAGCUCCAAAAUAUAGAUGAGUACUCAGGCUAUGAGGGGACAUACCGCAAGAGGUUAUCAUCGUAGGAAAUCAUUGGACUUGGACCUGAACAGCAUGCCACCAACUGAGAACCGAGAUCAAGGAGAGACAUCUCAGUUGAGGUUUCAGGAAGCACAGGUUAAUCAACAACAGCACGUACAACCUGCAAUGAUUGACAUUGAGGCCAUUGAUGAUGAUGUCAUUGAAUCAUCGGCCAGAGCUUUUGCUGAAGCUAAAAAUAAAUCCAGACGGAAUGCCAGGAAGAAUAUAGUUGACGUGGAUGCAGAAGAGUGGACCAAGGUGUCAAAUAAUAAUCGGAGCAAGCGUAGGAGAGAUGUGUCUAAUCAACAACCUGUAAAUUCUGAUUUAUUAAUCAAUUUGGAAGCCAGCAACAGCUCUAUGAAAGUGAAGCCUGCUCCACCGAAGGAGCCCAAAUUCAGUUGUCCAAUAUGCAUGGGUCCGUUAGUAGAAGAAACAUCAACAAGGUGUGGUCAUAUUUUCUGCAAGGCAUGCAUCAGGGCUGCAAUAGCCGUCCAGAAUAAAUGCCCAACAUGUAGGAAGAGAGUAACUGCCAAAGAACUGAUUAGAGUAUUCCUUCCUGGGACAAGCUUGGAGUGAGGCGUACAUAUGCGUGUUCUUCGCCAACGAGAAACACGCACGAAGCUCCCUCUUGUUAUCAGCAUCUCCAAGAGUUCCUCGGUCUUGCACUGGUGGCAGUCAACAUUGGUCGAGACGGAUACUCUGAUACCAAAUUGUCCGAACAACACACACCUAACCAGAGAAGCCCUUUAAAUUUAAGAAGAUCGAGAAGAAGUUUGAAGAAUCAUCCCAGAACGGAAUUUUAUAGAUGAUUUAAUGCAUUUUGGGACAAAAAUUAUUAUUGGUGCUAUGAAGAACGACCAAGAAAGAUCAAAACAUGGUCGAGAAAAUUCAAGAAUUGAUCCUACAACGAUUAUGAUGAUGAAACUUAUUCAAGAACACCUAAUUUGUACAUCAAUCUGAAGUAUUGGAAGAAAUGAAGAAUCCAAUAUUUGUUGGGAGAGAUGACUAAAAACGUGGAGCAGCUUUCAAAGCAUGGGCAAGAACUUAAA